UUGUGCAAGCGUCUUUUUGAGGAUGUCAUUUCUUGUGAAAAAGAAAAGUCAACAUUCUUAGAAUCCGUUGAAUUUUCUGGGCGUUCUUUUUAUUUGCCACAAAAUCUUCUGGAAGAAUGUCUGAUUCAGCUGGAAAAAAUAUUACUGACGCUUUUUCGCGAAAGAAACCUUGAAACAUACACUCAACGUAUUAACGAAGAGACACUCAACUUAAGCCGUUCUGCUGAUAAGGAAAACUUUAUUGACCUUUUUUCAUUGGAUAUCAUAAUAACUGAACUUGCGAGUAUCAGUAAUGCAACCAGAAGGUUCCAGUUGCUGAUAGAGAAAAGAAUAAAUGAAGCUACUCUACUCCAAAAUGUUUCCGAUGCUUCGUGGCUUACUGGUGGAAAAAUGCUUAUUGGUUCGCUCUUGGAUGAGAUAAAUAAAAAAAUUCAAGAACUCAUGGGAAAAUAUGUCAUUCUUGACGCGUAUUACAUUCGACUAGCAGUUUAUAAAGCCAUGAAUUUACAGGGAACUCGGAAGGACAGUUCCAUUACUUUUAUGGUGGACGAUGUAUUUUAUGUUCUUCAAAAAUGCAUCAGGCGCGGUAUAUCUUCCUUGAAUACUGACUGUAUCUGCACUGUUAUCAAUCACGCAAACAAUAUACUUUUGACAGAAUAUACAGAAGCCCUCAAAAAAAAUCUCUCUGCAUCAAAUUGGACUGCCGUUUCACAACAUUUAUUGCAAGGCGAACUUAACAAUGUAUCGGGACGAGUGCAGUCCGAGAAUGCUCAGAAAAAAUAUAUUACGCACCUAAACGAUGUGGAAAGUAGCACAAGUUGUAUUAUAAUACUCCACAACGAAUCAUCAGAAAUAUUGCAAAAAAUGUACCUAUCGGAUCCUCCAAAAAGACUCAAAGUUCUCUCGUGUCUCGAAGCAUUUCUACAAACUGCAAAAUUCUUUGAUUCUCUCCUUUCCGAAACGCUUUUAAAGACAUGCUCAACAAUUUUUUAUAAGCUCGUGGACAAUAUGCUACAGGGAUUAUUAGACUUGAGAUAUGUCAUAUCUGAUGAAGAGCUCUUAAUGACGGAAGUGAAUGACCCGUUCAUGCAUGCUUUUUGCGACGGACUAAAGCAGGUCAUGCAGCCCUUCAAAAAAUACAUGACUGAUACAAAUUAUGCAAAGUUGUGCCGCAUUUUAAUGCCCUAUAUAGCUCGAUCCUACGAAAAAGUUGUCAUGCAAAUGAAGUUUAAUUACAAUGGAGCUCUUCGACUGGACAAGGAUGUUCAGUACCUUUUGUCCUUUCUUACUAACUUAACGGGGAUAAGCGUCCGGAACAAAUUCUAUCGAGUAUUGCAAAUCACGUGUCUGCUCACCUUUGAAAAGGCGGAAGAGGCCAAAGAGUUUCUCCUAAUCGAGUCCGACACAGAGAGAUGGCCCUUCACGAAUAAAGAAGCCCGAGAGAUACUCACCUUAAGGACAGAUUAUUCAGAGGAGAUUGAACAAUUAUUAUAAAAAUAAAAUAAAAAAAUAAA